CUCACUCACACACACGCACCUACUCACACAGGUGUCAUCACUUUACAAACUGAUGGCAGCUAGCAUUGCAUUAGCCCAGUGGUGCACUAUCAAAUAUUUAAGUAUAUCUUCAGAUAUCCAGAAUAACUUUUUCAUGAACACACUGAAUGUUAGUGAAUCACUUCGCUUCCUGAAGUGAACAGUCAAUUAACCAAAUAGAAAAAUGCGUCUUCCUUCAAGGAAGUAUUGAGUGUUGCAGUAGGAGUGCCCAUGUUGGUCACCUGAGGAGGGGCGUCAGUCACAGACAUGCUGAACACAAAGCGACCAGACAACUUCCUUUCUCAGAAUAAAAGAUGCAUUGCCCAGGCACCUUGGAACAAAUUAAUCAGCAAAAUACACUUUGAAGGAAAUUACUUGCUUCCUGUUUUUGUGGGAGCUACUCACAAGAGGCAGGAUGCUGGACAUGCUGGAGAGGCUGCAGAACAUCAGUGAGGGGCAGGAGGACGACGAGUCAGACUGCUACGAACCUGAGUACGAUGUAGACAAGGUGACCCUGUCUCAAGAGGCAGUGGUGUUUGAGAACUCCUCUGACAUUGACAACAUCCUGGGGGAGGCCCACUCAAUAAGAAAGGAUAUUUCCCUGCUCCAAUUGGAGAUACAGCGUCUGAGCACCCACAAUGAACGCUUUGGGACCACUGUGCGGCGUCUCACCUUGCUCAAAAAGGACUCUGACUCCAUCGCUAGGGGGAUCCAGCAACGUGGGGAGGGCCUGUAUGUCUGCCUUCAGGCUCUAGAUAAGAAGAGCAGACAGCUGGAGGAGAAAAAGGGUCCAAAUGUUGCUGUGAGCCGCAUUUCCAGAGCUCAGUAUGACACACUGACCCGUGCCUUCCAUGAUGCCAUGAGUGAUUACAAUACGGCGGAAGAGAUGCAGAGGUACACAUGUCGGGGGAGGAUUCAGAGGCAGGUCUCUAUAAUGGGGACUGAAAUCACUGAUGACCAGCUGGAUGUGAUGGUGGACAAAGGUGGUGAGGGAUGGGCUGAGCUGUCCCAGAGCCUGGAGAUCCAAAGUGCACGCUCGUCCCGCUCGGCGAUGUCUGACAUCAAAGGCCGACACAAGGAGCUGGUGGAGCUGGAGGUCCGGCUGAAGGAGGUCCAUUCACUGUUCCUGCAAAUGGCCAUGCUGGUGGAGGAGCAGGGAUCCAUGGUUAAUAACAUUGAGGCAAAUGUGUGUUGCACUAAGGAAUACGUUGACAAAAUCAACGUUAACAUGAAGACGGCCCUAAAGUACAAGAGGAAGAAUCCUUUUCAGCAAUGUUGUCCCUGUCUACCUUGUUGGGGACACAACCAAACUCUUUAGGGCUUAUUUUUACAUUAUGUCAUUAUAUUAAUUAUUUAAAAGUUGAAUAAACAUUUACCUGUGUAAAAGGUUAUGGACAGUUGAAAAAUAAUGUUUGUACAUUUUAAAAGGAUGUUAUUUGAAUUGAAAUGUUUAAGCUUACGGACGCAAAAUAAAUAAUGUUAUAGUAAAUCAAAAGUUUGUUGUCCUUGGAAGAAGAUCAACAGUAAGUUGGUUACGGGGGUAAAAAGUACAAUUGUUUUGAUGUUGAAGAAUUGGGUUCAUGAGAGCUCGUAGUAUUAAGGAUGGAGAGCGAUAAAAUGUGUCAGAAACAGACAUUAAAUAAAGAUGUAUGAGAAAAGUUGAAAUACUAAAAAGGAUGAGAGAUGUUUCAUAUUGCUGACAAAAACGCAAGUUUGGCACGAAUGAUAAUUUGACGUGGUUGGUCAUGAGAGACAGCAUGGGAAAAACCAGGUAUGCACAAAUACCUUAAAUAAUAUUAACAGUGAGUUCACAUGCAGAUUGUAAACACCAGAAAUGGCACUAUAUAGUAAAGCAAAGAGAAAAUAAAACCAUGUGGCUCUCCCAAAUUAUCCAUCAGUCUAGCUGUUGACAUUUUUGAUUGGAGAAAAUAUGUGACUUUUAUUUGAGCCCAUGACAUAACUGAAUCUAUUUUCUGAUUUUAAAAUUGUAGUGAUAGUUUUUAAUUACAUUAUAUGUCAAACUGUAAGCUCAUAAAAGAAGGCAAAUUAUGCAGACACAUUUGUGUGUUUAGGGGUGAAUAAGUCCACUCAUGUACUUGGCCUUUUUCUUAGUGGAAUAACCUGCAAAUCUUACAUUGUUUAAUUUGCUUGGGGCAAAACGCUACUGGGCUCUUGUUUGCAUUUCUUCUUGGUGAUCUGUACUAUGUUCAAUAAUAGGCCCAGAUUAAUUUGAUUACAACAAAUAUGCAACAUAAUAAUAGUUAUGGCUAUCAGCUGAGAUAAUAAAGGUUCUAAAGUUGGAUGUUGUAAAAGCAUGCUUCAUUUUUUUUAUCAUUUUGACUCACUGAAACGGUUUUAGUAGAACUCAGUUAAAGAGUUGUGUCUUAUUUGUCCUGUGAAGUCAUAAUAUCUGGUAUUGGUCAAAUGACAUGGAAACUACUGAAAAAAAGAUCUUCUGUUAAAAUAUGUUUGCAUAAUUUCCACUAAUGAGCAUGGAGGUAUUGAAAAUAACAUUGGUUCCCUAAGUGAAACCCGGGUUAAUAGGAGGAAGACGUUUCUGGAUUGAAAGUGAAACACAACAGUAGGAAAGAAGUGGAUAAGGAGUAAUUGACUACGUAUAUCACUGUUUGGUUGUUUAUUUCACUUCGAUAUAAUUUAACUUAUUGGAUUCAGUCGUAACAUGCAAAGAAUAUAGUUAUUACAGUUGUCAGAUAAGUGUAGUUAAGUAAAAAGUACAAUAUUUGUCUCUUAAAUUGCAGCGGAGAGGAGGCGGAGUCUGAGUAUAGUGACUAUUAUUACGACUUACGUUGUAUUAGCUUGAGUUGGUGACUUGAAACCUUUUCUAAAGUUAGUCUCUUACUGGGAGCACAAACGCCAAAAUAAUGCUUUGCCUGUAAGGCUGCGUUCGAAUUAUUUGUAUACAUCAGUGUUUCAACGUAUGACAUGAACACGUUUACUCCAGUAGGCCUAUGCCAUUCCUAAAGUUAGCUACAGCUAGCUGCUAACACUGCGCUAGCAUAAUGGCUAGCAACUAUGGCUAUCCCCAUAAAGCUACUCGUGACGCAUUGUUCAUAUGUGAGUAUUGUUAUAUAAUGGUGUUCAUUGCUAGCGCGUCGCAUCUGAGGAUGAAACACAAAAAUCAUAUAAUGUGGAUGUCUGUUCCUCUUCUUCCUGGUGCUUUUCAUGUAGAAAAGUGUCUGAACGCGGUGUAGAUACCAGGAUGGCCGAGUGGUUAAGGCGUUGGACUUAAGAUCCAAUGGACAUAUGUCCGCGUGGGUUCGAACCCCACUCCUGGUAGAUGUUUUGUUGUUGUUUCUGCCAAUUACCUAAAAACAAGAACAGUGUCUCCGAAAAAGAGCAUUCAUAAUAGAAUACAGCAAAGUAAACAGCUUAUAUGUCGAAGUCAUUAACUGAAACUUGAGCUAUUUUAGCAGAUUCGAGAAAAGUAAAUACACUGGCUUAAAAGUGUAUAUAUUAUUGGUAACUGGAUUAAUGUGAAAACAAUGGAAAAUAAAUGUCCUCUGUAAGACUUGUGUAAGUAAUUAUUAAAUAUCUACUGUGAUCAAAUAAUGCAAUUUAACUUCCCUCCAGUCCUUCAAAACAGCGUUUGGAGACUCACACAGUCCCGGAGUCAGCAGCCUUUGUAAACAUGUUUUAAUAAAGAGCAUAAAUAACCUUAACACAGGUAAAUACACUGCUGAUGCUCUACUACACAGUAUGAAAUGAAAUAUAA